AUGGCUUCAGCCAGGGUUCCCGCCGCAAGGAAAUACCGAUCGCGGAAGCAGAAGCCUUGUGACAAUCGUCGGCAUCGCCGCAUCUGCUGUGUUCGGGAUGCGGAAGGUGCUUGUGCGUUGUGCAGCAGACGAUCGAUCCCAUGUACAUUCAGCUCGGAGCCAUCUCCUAGGAAGCGUCGAGCCCGAUCACCCACCAAGUCAAGUGCUCCUGUUCGUGAUGGUACCUCGGAAAAAUCAGUCGGGACACCAGCCAAUUCUGGUGGUGGUCGUCAUGUGGUCGUUCCCACCGCGAAUGCCACCGAAGGACGAAAGAAUCGGAUCGAUGGAAAAUACAUUGGGUUGAGUGGUACUGACGAUGUCUAUUUUGUGGCUGAGCGAAACCAACCCGUCGGCAACGAUCCGGAACGCGCAUCUUCGUCCGCAUCGGUGGCGUCAGCCUUUUCAACCCAUCGUGCUCGCUCGAUAGAGCCUAGUGCUUCAGUGGUUCAGAUGAUCUUCCUCGAGAGAUCUCACCCAGCAAUCCCUUUACUUGACGAAAGUCUCAUCAGAAGCCAGAAGCAGUCCAGGCUUCUCACAAAUGCAAUCGCCAUUCUAUCAAAAUAUACAUCUCCGGAGCUGGAAGGGCUCCACAACAAUGUUCUGAUCGAGGAUACGACUGCAUCUUUGCUCCUGGAAGCGCGGUCUCCUACACUUGAGACUAUUGAAGCAGCAAUUCUUUUCACCCAAAGAGCUUUACGGGGAAGAUCUGGCAGGAGCACCAGCGCCCCCGGAAUGUAUGCCGCGAUUGGGUGUCUUGUGGCCAUGUGCCAUGAUCUCGGGUUAAACAUUGACUUCUCCAACUGGAGUAUACCCGAGUCGAUAAAGCGACGGAGAAAACGAUCGUGGUGGGGUGCUUACAUGCAAGACAAAUGGUUCGCUAUGGCUCUGGGGAGGCCGUCGUUCAUUAACACUACCAACACCACAACACUUAGUCUGACAGCAUCCGAUUUCGAGGAGGCUACAUCGGGGUCCUCGGACGCAGAGGCAAAAAGGCCAGAAUUGGUAACAGGAUUACACUGCUUCGUGGCCAUGACCGCAUUUACCGUCAUUCUUAACGAAAUUCUCUCAAUUUUCUUUACCAUCAGCUCCGUGGCCAGCCUUCGAGAAGUCAGCGGCGAACACAUCAUCAAUAUUGCGGAGAGGAUUGAAUCCGACCUGGCAUGCAUGCAUGCAAAACUCUACCUCUGCCUCUUCGAGCAUCAAUAA